GCACCCUCAUAUCCAUCCCCAACCUCGAAGAGUAAUAAGGUAGAGGCACACACCACACUCUCACACAUAACCAAUGGCCUCUAUCUCUGCUCCAACAAGAACACUCCUCUUCACCCAUUCAACCAAACGCUUCUUCCGUCCCUUCAAACCUUCUUCUUCUCCUUUCCCUCUUCAAUGCACCACAAAAACCACCUGCAGCACCCUCCAACAACAACAACAACCUCGCCGCAACAACAACUACAACGUCAUCGGAAUCCUCGAAGAGCGCGGUCUGGUUGAGUCCAUCACCAGCGACGCGCUCCGCAGCGCGUGCCUGACACCGGCACCCCUCAAGGUCUACUGCGGCUUCGACCCCACCGCGGAGUCCCUCCACCUCGGCAACCUCCUCGGCCUCAUCGUACUCUCCUGGUUCCGCUGCUGCGGCCACCGCGCUGUCGCGCUCAUCGGCGGCGCCACCGCGCUCGUCGGCGACCCCUCCGGGAAAUCCCUCGAAAGACCCGAACUUGACGCCGAAACCUUGGAGAGGAACCAAUUGGGUAUCUCGAACACCAUUCAUCAGAUUCUGGGUCGCGCUCAAGAUUCAAACUUGGUCGGUCCUAAUUCUAAUUCUGAUUCUGAUUCUGAUUCUAAUUCCUCUGUUGUGAUUCUGAACAACUAUGAUUGGUGGAAGGAGUUUAGUUUGCUGGAUUUUUUGAAAAGGGUGGGUAAGUUUGCUAGGGUGGGGUCAAUGAUGGCUAAGGAGAGUGUUAGAAAGAGGUUGGAAUCAGAACAAGGAAUGAGUUACACUGAGUUCACUUAUCAGCUGUUGCAGGGUUAUGAUUUCUUGCACUUGUUUCAGAAUGAGGGUGUUAGUGUUCAGAUUGGGGGGAGUGACCAAUGGGGUAAUAUAACUGCUGGGACUGAGUUGAUUAGGAAGAUUUUGCAAGUGGAAGGUGCUUAUGGUUUGACAUUCCCUCUUCUUUUGAAGAGUGAUGGCACAAAGUUCGGGAAGUCCGAGGAUGGUGCCAUUUGGUUGUCUCCAACGUUUUUGUCUCCUUACAAGUUUUACCAGUAUUUUUUUAGUGUGCCUGAUGAUGAUGUUAUUAGGUUUUUGAAGAUCCUUACCUUUUUGGACAUUGAGGAGAUAGUUGCCUUGGAGGGGGAGAUGGGGAAGCCUGGCUAUGUGCCUAACACCGCCCAGCGGAGGCUUGCCGAGGAAGUUACACGGUUUGUUCAUGGAGAGGAUGGUUUGGCUGAGGCUCUUAAGGCCACUGAGGCAUUGAGGCCGGGGUCUGAGACGAAGUUGGACUGGAAAACUAUUGAGGGGAUUGCUGAGGAUGUGCCGUGUUGUUCUCUGGCUUAUGAUGCGGUUUUGAAUCUGUCGUUGGUGGAUCUUUUGGUCUCUUCUGGUUUGUUCGAGAGUAAAUCUGCUGCACGUCGGUUGUUGAAGCAAGGAGGGCUUUACUUGAAUAAUAACAGAGUGGAUAAUGAAGGUAAGAGGAUUGAGGCUGCGGAUAUAGUGGAUGGGAAAGUUCUUCUGUUAUCAGCAGGCAAAAAGAAUAAGGUGCUGGUGAGAAUAGUUUGAGAGUAUUUAUUGGAUAGCUUAGUAUUCUUUGGAGUCUGUCUAUUUGCUCUGUGGUUUUGUUGUACUUUUAAGAAACCUUUGAUUUUCUUGUUACACCGAAGCUUAUUCUUUAAGUGCUGUUUUCCAAUCAGAAUUAGAGUUUUUCACCUCAAUAGCUUUGCUAGUCUUUAAUGCAAACCUUUAUUUCGCAGAUUAUUGAGGUGAAAUUUCAAUUCUGUUUGGAGAAUAGCACCAAAAAUAAUUAAGAAACUGUAUCUAAAUUUUGUCCUUCAAAUAACACCUCUUACUCGCAUCCAUUAUUUGGUAAGCAUUGCGGCCAAGUACUUAUUUAUGGGUAACCUAACAUUGCAGCUGUAAAUUUGUAAGCUCAAAAUUUCUAGAAUUGAGAAUAUUUAAAGUAAAUACAUUUAUUAACCAUUGUUGAACAAAUGCAAGUUGCACUGAGCAUAAAUUAAUGGAACUCAUUUGUGGUU